CCCGAUCGCCUCUUCUCGCCCUCUUCUCUGAUCGAUAUCCGACCCUGUCCAGCAUCUGCGGUGCUCCGACGACUCGUUUUGCCCGCUUCAACGCGCCCUUCUCCUUUUCCCCCGCCGCUCGUCUCUGCUUCUCCCUCGUGACACGCCAUGGCCGAAGCGAUAAACGCCAGCGACGAGCUCUACCCCAUCGCCGUGCUCAUCGAUGAGCUCAAGCACGACGAUGUCUUGCUCCGACUCAACGCGAUCCACCGGCUCUCUACAAUUGCUCUUGCCCUCGGCGCCGAGCGGACAAGAGACGAGCUGAUUCCCUUUCUCGAUGAGUCUGUCGAGGAUGAGGACGAAGUCUUGGUUGCUCUGAGCGAAGAGCUUGGCAACUUCAUCGAAUACGUUGGAGGCCCUUCGUGGGGCCACGUCCUGCUCUCCCCUCUCGAGAACCUCGCCGCCAUAGAGGAGCCCGUCGUUCGAGACAAGGCCGUCGAGUCUCUUAACAAGAUCUGCGAGGAGCUUUCGCCUCAACAAGUCGAAGAGUUCUUCAUUCCCCUCACAAUCAGACUCGCCAAGGCAGAUUGGUUCACAUCCAAGGUUUCCGGAUGUGGCCUCUUCACAGCUCCAUACAAGAAAGUGUCUCCUCCCGUCCAGGAGCAGCUCCGUCAGCAGUUUGGCCUGCUUGUCCACGAUGAGACCCCCAUGGUCCGACGUCAAGCCGCGUCCAACCUCGCCAAGUUUGUCAAGGAGAUGCCGGCUGCCAUUGUCAUUGACGAAAUGAUUCCCCUCUUCCAGCACCUCGUUCAGGACGACCAGGACAGUGUUCGAUUACUCACUGUGGAGAUUCUCAUUGCCAUCGCCGAGGGCGUUCCCAAGGAGCAGCAGGCCGGUCACGGAGUCUUGUUGACUUCGCUGCGAAAUUUGAUAGAGGACAAGAGCUGGAGAGUCAGGUACAUGAUUGCCGAUAGAUUUGAAAAGAUCGCCAAGGCAGUCGACGAGGAAGUCGUGUCCAGAGACUUGGUGCCUGCAUUCGUCAAGCUUCUUAAGGACAACGAGGCGGAGGUGCGGACAGCCAUUGCUGGCCAGAUUCCCGGAUUCUGCGGCCUCAUAGACCAGCAGACUCUUCUGAACGACAUCAUGGGAAGCGUCGAGGACCUUGUCUCGGACACGUCGCAGCACGUGCGCGCUGCAUUGGGAACUCAAAUCAGUGGCCUGGCCCCCAUACUGGGCAAGCAGGAGACAAUCGACCAUCUUCUGCCCAUGUUCCUCCAGAUGCUCAAGGAUGAGUUCCCCGAGGUUAGACUUCACAUCAUCUCAAAGCUUGAGCUAGUCAAUCAAGUCAUUGGCAUUGAGCCCCUGUCCGUCUCACUGCUGCCAGCCAUCGUCAACCUGGCAGAGGACAAGCAGUGGCGAGUGCGUCUCGCCAUCAUUGAGUACAUUCCCCUGCUGGCCAGCCAGCUCGGCGUCAAGUUCUUUGACGAAAAGCUCAGCAACCUGUGCAUGGGAUGGCUUGGCGACACAGUCUUUUCCAUCCGCGAGGCUGCUACGCACAACCUGAAGAAAUUGACUGAAGUAUUUGGCGUGGAGUGGGCAAGCGAGGCCAUCAUCCCCAAGGUUAUGACCAUGGGCAACCACCCGAACUACCUGUACCGAAUGACUACCUGCUUUGCCAUCUCGACUCUGGCCUCUGUUGUCAGCAUAGAUGUCAUUUCCAAGGCAAUCCUGCCCAUGCUGGACAAGAUGACUGACGACGACAUCCCCAACAUCCGGUUCAACGUGGCCAAGACGUACACGGUGCUUAUCAACGCCCUGCAGCGUCUGCCCGAGGAGGGCACUCUGUACACCAUUGAGAAGCAGGAGACGCCGGCCGAGCAGGCCACUCCUUCACCCCGGGGCCAAGAGCUGAUUCAGCAGCGCAUCUUGCCGAACCUGACCAAGCUGCAGAAGGAUGACGAUGUAGAUGUCCGGUACUAUGCGACGCAGGCGGUAGCUGAGGCGACGGGCACCGGAGCCUCAGGAGGCGGAGAGCCUAUGAAUACUUCACCAUAGAUGAGAGAGAAGCCGUAAUGAAGCAAUGAUUUUGUCCGUUACUCUGUGCUGCUGCACGUUCCAUUGUCUUGUUGUUAUUGAUAACUGCCCUUUUCUUGUCUUGCACCUUGGACAGCUUUUGGCGCGAGAGAGUAGAAAUCGUCAUCUUGACCAUUAACCAGGAGAAGAAGAAGGAAGGAAGGAAGAAAAAGCAAGGAAACCAGGAGAGGAGAAAAAAAAAGUGAAAAUCGAAUAGAGACGAGUGAAUAUCACAUGGGGUACGGCCAAGGCGAAGAAUGGGGGAGAAUAAAAAUGAGGGAUUGGUGGGUAAUAAGUCGGUGAGUGGAUGGAUGGAUAGAUGGAUGUGGGAUAGAGGUGGAAGCAUCGUGUAGAUUUGGAGGAACCAGCCUCAGAUGUAUAAUGUAGGGUAGGAAGCAACACGCGCUGUUUU